GAAAGGGAAAGCUCUGGAGGCAGAGCAAAUCGAGCAGGUGGGCGGCAGACGGAUGGGCAGCAGCGCCGCAGCCGACCUGCUGGUGCGAAUGCUUGUCGUCUUCCACUUCCGAGACUACUUCUGUCACUGCUCAGAUCUCUACCGCUCCUUCCGAGAGCGGACGCCGUUGGAGUUCCUGCGUCUGGUGCAGGGUGGUGGAGGGGACGAUGAAGAAAGGGAAAUCUCUGGAGGCAGAGCAAAUCGAGCAGGUGGGCGGCAGACGGAUGGGCAGCAGCGCCGCAGCCGACCUGCUGGUACGAAUGCAACAGCAGAAGGUGAAGGCUCUGAUGAGGACAUCCAUUAUGGUGGAGGGGACAAUGAAGAAGGGGAAAUCUCUGGAAGCACAGCAAAUAGAUCGGAGGAAAAGCAAUCAGAGGAGCAGACUCAAUGGUCGGCGCCUCCUGGGAUAUUGGAUGUCUUUUUUGAGGAUGAAGUUCCUCAUUCAGUAUUUUCAAGCGAAUCUGAAGAUAAUGCCAGCGAUACACUCUGGCCGUCUGAAUAUUCUACGGAUGAAGAGUUGAAUCAGAUGAAUCUGUUUCAGGACCAUCGCUCGCCACAUGUGAACGCUGAUUCAGAAGGAACAGACAGGGGAAUAAUCAAGAAGGUUCUCAGGCGUUUAUUAGCAGCCGCCGAAGACAAGGUGGCCAUCGAGCGCAUGAGCGGGACAGAUAGGCAGCUUGGGGAUUCCUUUACAGAUUACGUUCAAGAGAGCGAAGGAGGGCAAUCAACUGAACUUGCACGUGGCGGGACAUCUCGUGAAUCUUUGGUAAGGCUUCAGAAGACCGAUGGAGGCGGAAGAACAAAUACCGAACAAUUGUUUAAUGCGAAUGAAGGAGAAGUGCUAGAAGAUAGGAAAGCCCGACACAACUCUACUCGGCGACUCAAUGUGACCAAGUUGCCUUAUGCCUAUUUCAUCAUGGGCGUCAAUCAGUGGAGGCACAUCCAUGACCCUGUGCAUCAGCUGAAGAUUGAAGCAGCAACUGCACGUGCAGCAGCGAAAGCAGCUGCAAAACACAAACACCAUCUGCCUCCAGAAAGGCGUUAUUCAGACCCAACCAUUGGCGUCUUCGGCAUGCCGACUAGCGCGGGUCCACAGGUAUACAGGCAUGAUCUAAAAGAACCCAAGAAGCCUCUCAUAUCUCCGGUGCAAAUUCGCAAUCAAGAUAUGUGCUACAGACAGGAAAAACGAAAACCGCUGGUGCAUUGCCCAGAAGGGUUCAUUGAAAACGCAGAAGGCGGAUGCUACAUGGAGGUUGCUCCUGCCUUCACAUGCCUUGGGUGUAUUCAGCACAGGGAGCUCGAUAUAACAGUUCCUCCGACCGACAAAAAGUCAGGCGGCAAGUUGAAACUACGUUGA